GUGAAGAGAUUGUCAGUCAGAGUACAGCCAGUGUCUGUGUUAUAAGUUGCAAGUCUUGAAGUUUCAGUGUUUUCAUUUUGUUAAAAAUGAAUUAAUAUAGUGACAGAAUUUUUUUUUAUCUAGUUCAAUUGCAGAUUUUUUGACAGUUAAUAAUGCCAGCAGCGUCGUCUAUUUACUGGAACUCUAUAGAUUCUCAAAGAUCAUCGAGUUCUGGAGACGCUAGUAAUGCAAGGCAGUACGUCGAUCCUUGGGAUCUUGAAAAUUAUGCUUAUUUGAGAAGACACACUGUCACUGCACCGACACAUAAAUAUCAAGUUCCUCAGACUUCUUACAGUCGCAUGUCACAGCGCCGGGAACCUGAACAUGAAUAUUGGUAUACAAGAGAAUCGUCACGUGAACCAGGAUAUCAUCCUCCAGGAUUGGUUGAAGAUAUAUAUUUUGGUCAAACAAAGCAGUUGAGUAAUUCCCAUUAUCAACCGAUUUAUGAAGAUGAUGCACGUUAUGCAGCUCCAGUGUACGCACCGCUCACCGACCUCGAACAAGCAAAACAAUUCGAGGAUCGACGGCUGAAGGAGGUGUUGAGACGCAAAAAACUUUCACGUACUAGUAUACAUGGAAGAGAAGAAUAUAUUUAUCACAGUACGUCAAACCGACGUGAUUCUGUAGAUAUAAAACCCAAGCCAGCGGCGCGCUCCGAAGAAAAUUGCUAUUUCGAAGUUAUUCAACCGUCUAACAUCGGACUCAGCAAUUACGGGCACCUGAAAAUUGAUUAUACUAACAGUUGGAACUCAUUACAUCGCAAGAUGACUAAAUAAACCGUUUUUAAAUGUGUAAUUAAAUACUAACAGCCUUUUGUAUUUUUUUAAUUUAUAUUAAUGCUCACACUUAAAUUUAAAAACAACUUUUGUUAUUUAAACAUAAAUAUC